UCUCACUUAACCUCGGUGACAACAAAUUCAAUGGUUCUUUACCAAAAGAAGUUGGAAUGCUUGAAUCUCUCACUGAACUCAAAUUGCGAAACAACUCCUUGUAUGGGCACAUUCCCUCGCACAUUGGAAACCUUUCCAGACUCACUUUCCUGGACUUGUCAUACAAUAUUUUUUCUGGGAAUAUUCCCCCGGAGAUUGGUUUGUUGAAAAGUCUUUAUUUGAUCUCCUUGGAUUCAAAUUCAUUCAGUGGUUCCAUUCCACGAGAAAUAGGAAGGUUGAGUGCGGUUUCAGUAAUUUUUUUAAUGAGCAACAAUCUUACUGGUCCCAUUCCAACAGAAAUUUUCAACCUUUCCAAGCUUAACUACUUGGACCUGCACCGAAAUAAUUUCACAGGUACAAUCCCUGUUUCUAUUGGAGGCUUGCAGAAUUUAUCCACCCUUGACCUUUCAAGCAACUAUCUCACUGGUCAUAUUCCAACAUCAAUAGGAAGGUUGAGCUCACUUUCUGAUCUUCGACUCAACCAAAAUAAUCUCACCGGAACAAUACCUGUUUCUAUUGGAGGCUUGCCUAAUUUAGCUAGGCUUGAACUUCAUAACAAUCAACUCAAUGGUUCUAUACCUAAAGAAGUUGGAAUGUUGAGGUCACUUUAUUAUUUGGACUUUUCAGGCAACCAGCUAACUGGUCCUAUACCAGCAUCUAUAGGAAACUUGAGCGACUUGGUAUAUCUUUAUUUUUAUAGUAAUUACCUCUCUGGAAACUUGACCAGCUUAUCAAGGCUUUUCCUCGGUGACAAUAGUUUGUCUGGCCACAUCCCUCAAACAUAUUGUAAUUUUACUUAUUUCCAAUUAUCCAACAACAAUCUCACUGGUCCAUUACCGGAGAAUUUAUGCCUCGGUGGAGCACUCAUUCGACUUUGGGUGGUCAACAACAGUUUGACGGGUCCGAUCCCAUCAAGUUUGAGAGACUGCAAAAGCUUAUUUAGAGCUAAGCUUGAAGGAAACCACUUCACUGGAAAUAUAUCAGAUGCUUUCGGUAUAUAUCCAAAUUUGGUUCAUAUUGGAUUAAGCGACAACAACUUUUUUGGUGAACUUUCUCCAAAAUGGGGGCAAUGUCCUAAUCUAACUAGCCUGCUUAUCUCCAAUAAUAACAUUACUGGGAAGAAGAUACCACUUGAGUUGGGACAUACAACUCAUUUGCAGGAACUCGAUCUCUCUUCGAAUCAUCUAAUCGGUGAGAUUCCAAGGCAACUCGGAACAUUGAAAAUGAUGUCCCGUCUUUUUCUAGGUGGUAACCGGUUUUCAGGAAAAUAUCCAUCUGAGAUCGGUCUUCUUUCCAAUCUAGAACAACUUAAGUUGGCAUCAAAAAAUUUAAGUGGACCUAUUCCUGAUCAACUUGAAACUGCUUGA